UUAAUGAAAAAUUAGAAACCGUCGCAACACAAAUUAACGUUUUCCCAGCUAAAAGAGCUCUAAAAGUGUGGGAUUGCAUGUUGGUUGACGUGGCAUCUUGCCAUAAGGAGACAAUAUUGUCUCGGACACCAGACUCAUUGACAGAAGAUUUUUGACAGACAGACAGACAGACAGACAGACAGACAGACAGGGAAAGGUACAAUGGGCCGCUGCAACCCUAUGCACUACAUGGGCCACAUCGCUCUCACAACCCUUGCCCUCUUUCUGGUCGUAUCCUUCAACCUUCAUGACGUCACAAAAUUUGAUAAUGACGUCAUACGACUUGACGUACAGCCGCACGGAACGUCGUCUGCCAUUAAGCAGCGUCAAAUAUGCCGUGGUGAAUUGAGAGAUGAAGAUGGUGACGACGAUGAGGCUGGUGGUAGCUACUGCAGUGGCGAUUAUUACGGUCGGUGGCAAAAUUAUGGCUGCCAAAGAAAGACUUGCUUCGAUAUGAGAACUGUUGAGAAGCGAAAGAAAGCAAUGCCGUCAGUAGCGGUCGAUCCAUCGAAAGUCAUCAAAGUCACAGAAUGUGAAGACAUUCGGACGAUUUUUAGUUUCUUGGAACAUAAAAAUUACAACAACAGCAACAACAACAAAGACAACGACAUCAACAACGACGACGUCAUAAAUAAAUCAAAUAUGUUUAAACUGCCAAAGCAUGAUCUGUUCUGCGAUUGGCUCGUUCCAAUUAAACCAUCGACCAAUCAGGACCAAGAGUUGACACUCAGGGUCAUGAACUUUGACCUUUUUACUUUCCAACAAAUAAGACAGGACAACAACAAUAAUAAUAAUGAUGACAAUAAUAAUUAUAAUAAUAAAAAUAAUAUUAUUAAUAAUAAGAUAUUACUUAACGAUGAAUGCGAAAAUAUUAAGAGUCAAGAAAACAUGUACCAAAUAGUCAAGGAGGAACAGAAUAUAAUAUGUCCGCAUGGCGGGAUGAAAUUCCAAAUUGUAAACAGCUCCAACAAUAUGAAUAACAUUAAUAAUGAUAACAUCAACAGCAACAUCAAUGACAUCACCAGCAACAAAUCUAUUGACAAAAACACUAACAAGAUGGGUUACGAUAAUAAAUUUCUUGAAAACUAUCUCGAAAACCGACACAACAACAACAAUAACAACCACAUAAACCAAAUAAAAAACAUUCAUAACAUCGUCGGUAACAACAGCCACAACUAUAACAACCGCACCUACAACAGCCACAACCACAACAACCGCAGCUACAGCAGCCACAACUACAACAACAACAUCGACGGCAGUAGCGUCAAACAACUAGCAUUCAAAGCAUGCCUAUGUUUGACCGACGAAGCGUUGAAACCGCCAACACAUAUUUCUCCUAACCAUCAAGUCAGAUACGAACAGAAAGACUCAAUGAAGUUAAGUAAAGAAAAGAGUCAAAGUGAUGAUCAUAAUAAUAAUGAUAAAGGCGGAGAUAACUAUAUGAAGGGUGAUGAUAAACUCAAUGAUGAUGAUGGUGAUAAUAGCAACAUCUAUUUGAGAGCCUACGUAGCUUAUAGACAUACGAUUUUUGUUUCAGCCCUAUUGCUACGGAUGAAAAAUCUGUUUCCUGUGGCUGUCAUAUACAUCCUGGCCAUCAUCCUGGCUAUCAUCUACCCACUCAUGUACUACACAUGUAAGGCGAAGAAGAAAGCAGCCAAGCUUCGAAUGGGCGAAUUUGAGAGGAGAAAAAUGAUGAUGGAUAAGAAGAUGAAGAUGGUGGAGCUACUGAACACGAAGUAUCGGCACAUGUUUGUUGGCGACCUACACCUCGUAAACAACAACAGAGACUACUGCUUUUAUAUCGAUGGCAGAAAAGUUGGAAUCUAUAACAACUACUACAAAUGUGACAUCAACAACAACAACAAUAACAACAACAAUAAUAAUAACGAUAACAACAACAACAAUAACAAAUAUAACAUCAGCAACAUUAACAGCAACAUAUACCUCAACAACGCUAUCACUAACAACAAUAGAUGUUGCGCCAUAAAAGCUAUAUCUAUUUAUAAAAAUCAUAACAAUGACGCUGUUGAAAAUUUUAAUUUCGAAAACAUUCCAAUUAUUGUCAUCGAUCAUAAUAACGAUGACGUCACCGAAAUAACGGAAACAUCCUUCAUUUCCCAACUCCAAAUACCAAAUAUCAAUAAUGAAGUAAUCAUAAAAUCUCAAUAA